AUGAGAUCCAACGGAGGGAUUCAACUGAAUCAGAGGAAGUACUGUCUUCAACUCAUCUCUUAUUUGGGGUUGAGUGGGGCUAAGUCAGUCUCAACUCCCAUAGAUCUCAAUCAGAAGUUUACCUCUGCUGAGUUUGACAAACAUACUGGCACUGCAGGUGAUGAGACCCUGACAGAUGUGAGUGAAUAUCAAAGGUUGAUCGGUAGGUUGAUCUAUUUGACCGUCACACGAGCAGACAUUGUGUUUGCAGUCCAAACUCUCAGUCAGUUCAUGCAAGAGCCCAAAAAAUCUCAUUGGGAUGCAGUUAUGAGAGUAGUCAAAUACCUAAAACAUGAACCAGGCAUGGGAAUAUUUCUGAGCAGUGAAGGUGCAAACAGUUUGAUAUAUUUUUGUGAUGCAGACUGG